CAUUCCUCUUGAAGCUUUUCAGCCAAUCGAGAAAAUUAGUAAUGGCAGAAGAUAACCAUGCAAUUGGGAUUGAUCUGGGGACAACUUAUUCGUGUGUGGCAACGUGGCAGGCUGAUCAUGUAGAAAUCCUGGUGAACGAUCACGGUAACAGGACAACUCGUUCUUAUGUUACAUUCACUGAUAAUAAGAGGUUGGUAGGUGAUGAAGCAUUUAACCAAGCCGGGAGAUUCCCCACCAACUCAAUCUUUGAUGCGAAGCGGUUAAUUGGUAGGAGAUUCAGUGACCAAACUGUUCAAAGUGAUAUCAAGCGCUGGCCAUUCAAGGUCAUUGAAGGUAAGGCUGACAAGCCCAUGAUUGUGGUUAACCACAAGGGCCAAGAGAAACAGUUUGCUGCUGAAGAUAUCUCAUCAAUGGUUCUGGCAAAAAUGCGGGAGAUUGCGGAGGCCUUCCAUUGCUCAAAGAUUAGUGAGAAAAAUGCAGUUAUCACUGUCCCCUCUUACUUCAACGACUCUCAGCGCCAGGCUACAUUAAAAGCUGGGAAAUUAGCCGGCUUAAAUGUGCUGCGUAUUAUCAACGAACCAACUGCUGCAGCCAUAGCUUAUGGUAUCGACAAGAAAGCCGGUUGGUUUAAUAAGAGAAAGGUGAUGAUAUUUGAUUGGGGUGGUGGUACAUUGGAUGUGUCGCUACUAACCAUAGGCCAUGGUGUCUUUGACGUGAAGGCGACUGCCGGAGACACUCACCUUGGAGGUGAAGACUUGGAUAACAGAAUGGUAGAUUACUGCGUCGACGAAUUCAAGACAAAAAAUAAGGUGGACAUUUGUGGAGACCCCAAAGCUCUUCGGAAGGCCAAAACCGCGUGUGAGAAAGCAAAGAAGGCACUUUCAUUUUGCUUUGACAUUGAUAUUGAAAUCGACUCUUGGUAUAAGGGUGAAGAUUUUUAUACAACUUUCACCCGGGACAAAUUCGAAGAAAUGAACAUGGAUAUCUUCAACAAGUGCAUGGUGCUUGUGAAAAGGUGUUUGGAGGAUGCCAAAAUGGGCAUAAGAGAAGUCGAUGACGUUGUUCUUGUUGGUGGUUCUUCUAGAAUCCCCAAGGUGCAAGAGCUAUUGCAGAAGUUUUUCAUGGGCAAGGAGUUGUGCAAGAGCAUUAAUCCCGAUGAGGCCGUGGCUUAUGGAGCCGCUGUUCAAGCUGCAGUCUUGAGUGGGAACGUGACGGGGAAGCUUCAAGACUUCACACUCUUGGAUGUCAUCCCAAUGUCACUUGGGACGGAAUAUAACCAUGCAAUUGGGAUUGAUCUGGGGACAACUUAUUCGUGUGUGGCAACGUGGCAGGCUGAUCAUGUAGAAAUCCUGGUGAACCAUCACGGUAACAGGACAACUCGUUCUUAUGUUACAUUCACUGACAGUAAGAGGUUGGUAGGUGAUGAAGCAUUUAACCAAGCCGGGAGAUUCCCCACCAACUCAAUCUUUGAUGCGAAGCGGUUAAUUGGUAGGAGAUUCAGUGACCAAACUGUUCAAAGUGAUAUCAAGCGCUGGCCAUUCAAGGUCAUUGAAGGUAAGGCUGACAAGCCCAUGAUUGUGGUUAACCACAAGGGCCAAGAGAAACAGUUUGCUGCUGAAGAUAUCUCAUCAAUGGUUCUGGCAAAAAUGCGGGAGAUUGCGGAGGCCUUCCAUUGCUCAAAGAUUAGUGAGAAAAAUGCAGUUAUCACUGUCCCCUCUUACUUCAACGACUCUCAGCGCCAGGCUACAUUAAAAGCUGGGAAAUUAGCCGGCUUAAAUGUGCUGCGUAUUAUCAACGAACCAACUGCUGCAGCCAUAGCUUAUGGUAUCGACAAGAAAGCCGGUUGGUUUAAUAAGAGAAAGGUGAUGAUAUUUGAUUGGGGUGGUGGUACAUUGGAUGUGUCGCUACUAACCAUAGGCCAUGGUGUCUUUGACGUGAAGGCGACUGCCGGAGACACUCACCUUGGAGGUGAAGACUUGGAUAACAGAAUGGUAGAUUACUGCGUCGACGAAUUCAAGACAAAAAAUAAGGUGGACAUUUGUGGAGACCCCAAAGCUCUUCGGAAGGCCAAAACCGCGUGUGAGAAAGCAAAGAAGGCACUUUCAUUUUGCUUUGACAUUGAUAUUGAAAUCGACUCUUGGUAUAAGGGUGAAGAUUUUUAUACAACUUUCACCCGGGACAAAUUCGAAGAAAUGAACAUGGAUAUCUUCAACAAGUGCAUGGUGCUUGUGAAAAGGUGUUUGGAGGAUGCCAAAAUGGACAUAAGCGACGUCGAUGACGUUGUUCUUGUUGGUGGUUCUUCUAGAAUCCCCAAGGUGCAAGAGCUAUUGCAGAAGUUUUUCAUGGGCAAGGAGUUGUGCAAGAGCAUUAAUCCCGAUGAGGCCGUGGCUUAUGGAGCCGCUGUUCAAGCUGCAGUCUUGAGUGGGAACGUGACGGGGAAGCUUCAAGACUUCACACUCUUGGAUGUCAUCCCAAUGUCACUUGGGACGGAAAGUGGUCAAGAAAACCGUAUGGCCGUGAUGAUCCCAAGAAACACCAAAAUUCCCACAAAGAAGCACCAAAUUUUCGUUACAACUUGUGACAACCAAAGGGCCGUCCUCUGUGGAGUUUUCGAGGGAGAGAAUGAGUUCACCAGAGAUAAUAAUUACUUGGGUGGAUUUACCAUGGAUGGCAUUCCUCCAGCCCCUAAGGGAGUUGGUAAAGUAGAUGUUUGCUUUUCUAUCGAUGCAAAUGGAAUUCUGAAUGUUUCCGCUGAGGUCAUAUCCACCGGCCAAAAGAGAGCCAUUACAAUCAACAGUGACAGAUGAACUUGCGGAAUUAACAGAUAAAUUUUUAACUAAUUAAUGCGCAGGUUGUGUUGUUUUGGAUGAGUGAUGCUGUAGGCUGGUCCGUCUACCGUUGCGUGGAUUUUAUUCUUGUUUUCAAUAAGAGAAGAGAAGUGCUUGCUUAAUUACUGUAACUAUGUAAGUAAUAAAUUAUAUAUGUUUUAUUUGA